AUGCCUCGCAAGCGGCCGCAUCGAACUCCAAUUCUUGGGGCAGGAGACGUUCUUGGGGCAGGAGAUUCAUAUCUUGCGACCGACAUACUCCCUCCGGAACUCGCGGAAGUGGCGUUCGAGAAGCUUAAGACAGAGGUCCUUGAUCAUCCGGUGAACCACGUCCUGAUCCAGUUCUACCGCUCAGGGAAAGACUGCAUUUCUGAGCAUUCAGACAAGACGAUCGACGUCGUUCGCGGCUCUAACAUCGUCAAUGUUUCUCUCGGGGCCCAAAGAAUCAUGACACUGCGCCUUAAGAGGGACAAGAAGGACGCCGCCUCGCUGGAGGAACCAGCUGGGGCAGACCAAGGAACCCUUGACUCAACCUCUGGCACAACAGGUACUCCACGCGUCGCACAGCGCAUUCCCCUCCCGCACAACUCCAUGUUCGUCAUGGGCGUUAAGACGAAUGCGAAAUGGCUUCACGCCGUAAACCCCGACAACCGCCCGCUCAAAACGAAGUCCCCAGAGGAACAGGUCGAGGGCGGCGCGAGGAUCAGCCUCACAUUCCGCCACAUCGGGACGUUCUUGUCGAAAGAUGAGAAGAGGAUCUGGGGACAGGGGGCUAAGAGUAAGACAAAGGAGGAGGCAGGAUUGGUUAGGUAUGAUAAGGAGGAAGUGCGGAAAUUGUUGUUGGGGUUUGGGGAGGAGAAUCAUAAGAACGCCUUUGAUUGGGAAGCUGCUUAUGGGCCAGGAUUUGAUAUUCUGCAUUUCAAGAACAAGGAUUCCAUCGAAAUGCUGGCGAAUCUCGGAGACGCGCCUGGAUGA